AUGCUCGCUAAACUAGGCCAUCAUGGUGACAAAAAGGGUUUAGACACUCACAGUAAGGACAACUCGUUUCUUGGAAAGACAGACGACUUGGUAGAAUUGCUUAUCGACAUCGAGUCUCCACCAUGCGUUCUUUAUGGUUCAGCGACGGAAUCGACUGGAGCGCUUUUAAGCGGCCUGUUAAAGCUGAGGGUACAUGACCCCUUUGACACAUUAUUUCGCAGCGAGCCCUUAAGUCCCGUCACUUCGUCCUCUCGAAAGAAGAAAAAUGUUAGCAACCUAAAUUCUGCUCUUUCUCACACUUUAUCACAUCUGUCCCUGUCAAGCCCGAACAUUACUCCAACGAACUCAGGUACGAGCUUGAACUUUGGUCUCCAGAAGUAUACAAAGAUAUGCGUCAAAUCUGUUACUUUGUCGUUUGUUCAAAAAGUCACGUACAGCAAGCCUUUUUUGCCAAGCGUUCAUGCCAUAAGCAGUUGCAUGAACUGCCGGUCCAAAACAACCGAGCUUGCUCGUUGGGAUAUUGUUACAGAAGACACUAACAUACCUAUUGGGGAUCACGCUUAUCCUUUCUCAAACUAUCUGCCUGGGUCCAUACCUGCAACAGCUCGCCUUGGUGCUGACGCUGACACGGACAUCAAGUAUGAGCUGAUAGCCAUUGCCUCAUAUAGGUCGUUGGGUAAGACUAAAGGGAAGAGUAAUGACCAAUCGAUUACUCAGUUGAGGUUACCGAUUUCUGUCACAAGAAGCAUUCUACGGGGCCCAGAUCGCAACUCCUUGAGGGUCUUCCCACCAACAGAUUUAACUGCGACUGCAGUGCUACCAAAUGUCGUUUAUCCAAAAUCGACGUUUCCACUCGAGCUCAAAAUCGACGGAGUUUCAACGGAAGACAGAAGGUGGAGAAUGCGUAGGCUAAACUGGAGAAUUGAGGAAAAGGCUAGAGUCCGCUUGAAUGCAUGUGAUAUGCACAAGGCUCACUUGGAAGAGUAUGAGAAAAAAGUCGAGAAAUCCGAAGCGCUAAAGAAAAAGCGUAAUGCAAAACCAGCUAAGCGAGCGUAUGACGCUGGCCCCACAACUACCACGUCGAUUUUUACGCUAGAAAAUGCGGCCGCUUUGAUAGAUACACAAGAAGCUUCUCAGGAAGACAACCAGGGACAGAACGUGGAUGACGACCAACCAGCUUCAGAGGAAAACCUCAUUCACCCCAGCGAUGAUGCUUUGCGUGAGGAAAGAUUAGAAGUCCAACAACGCAUUCGUCAGGAAAGAUUACAACCAGAGCUGAAGCAUGAAACCGCUUUAUUUACUGAAGAAAUACGGACAGUUGCGUGUGGCGAAGUUAAGGACGGCUGGAAAAGUGAUUUUUCCGGAGCUGGGAAGAUUGAAUUGGUGACAGAUAUUGAUUGCAUGGAAUUGAAUUCAGGAGUGACCAACCCGAUAAAUAGAGCGUCCAGCUCUAAACCUAUACCAGACACGGGAUCGCAGAGAGCUACAGUAGCGUGUGAUACUGAGGAUCCUCAUUUGUCUGUUUUUGUCCAACAUUUUCUGAUUCUGGAACUAGUGGUUGCCGAAGAAGCGUUACAGUAUGCAAACGGACAGCCAAUAGUGAAAAAGGCAAGUUCCGCAUCCUCUAAAGGCAACCAAAACAAUGCUGAACAGAGGCUUGCUGAGCUUUCUCCCAUGUUUGUAGCCAAGAAUGCAACAGUGCCGGAUACCGUUCCAACAGCCUCUGGUGCGGCUCCGAGCAAGGAUAUCAAUAAUGCGAGACAGCCUCGAAUCAUGAGCGUUGCAACGGGAGCUGCCCGUGUUCUCAGAAUGCAGUUUCGCUUGACGAUCACUGAGCGGUCUGGUUUGGGCAUAUCAUGGGACGACGAGGUACCCCCGACGUACCAAGAUGUUAGACUUUUAUCACCUCCAAGCUAUGAAAAGUCUAUGAAGAAUCCACCGGCUCAUGUUGGAAAGAGUUUUGCAGCUGUUCAGCCGACCGCGUCCUUAAAUGAAAUUCAAGGCGACAGACAUCGUUUCUCAUCCCAAGGCCUUUCUGAAUUGUCACGUCCUCCUCGCGCACAUCACCACUGCAACACUACUCAACCGCAGGAAACAGUUCUCCAUUCUCCACCUUUGGAAAGCAUUAUAAGCAUUCAAGGAAAUGCUUGCCAUGAUCACAUUAUGACUCCGCAGAACACGCGCAACGUCGGACUUCCAAACGUUUCAGAAGUCUUCGAUACAGAUAGAAUAACACAAUAG